AGGCGUCGCCUCAUCCUCAGGAAUCGCCGAAUCCGGCGGACUACACUGAUGGACAUGAUGGUGAUGAUGAAAUGAUGGUGGACUCCAGCGAUAACUGGAGCAGCUGGACGACUUCAUGCGAUAGCUUCACCUCUAUGCAGCCCUACAGCGAUAACUGGAGCAGCUGCAGCUGGAGCAGUACCUCUAUGCAGCCCUCUAUCGGCCGCUACUCGAACGCCAACGAGCUGUCAACGAUGUUGUCCUGCUUGAGCUCCGAUGCUACCGCAACGCCGUCGAUGGGGUCCUGCUUGAGCCUCAAUCGCACCGCAACGCCGUCGAUGAAGUCCUGCCCGAGUCCCCCUAGCCUCUCGGCCCAGUCGACGCACUCGAUGGUGACAUGCCUGACCUCCGAUGGCCACCUAACAGAAACGAAAAUGCCCGAAAACGGAAUUCCCGACAAUGGAUGGACUUCGCCGAUGGUUGCAGCCAUAUCCUCGCUGCCCAUUCCCCCCACAGGUGUCAUGCGGCACGCAGACAGAGGAACCGCCAUCGACAAGUGCCCGUGGGCGUCGGUUCAAGGCCAAGAAGUGGACGACACGUUUGGCCGGGGGACGGGCAAAGUCUUCCAGAAAGGUCAGAGCGGCACUGAAUGAAUGGACGCCGAUGGUGGAAAAGCUACUGUUGGCAGCCAUAUCCUCGCUGCCCAUUCCCCCACAGGUGCCAUGCGGCACCCAGGAAGAGGAAACGCCACCGAAGGUCAGAGCGGCACCGCGAGUGGACGAAUCAGAGUCGGGCAUGCUCAAGAAAAUCCUGGUGGCAACAGUGCAGGUAUUCCUGUUCGUCGGGAUGAGCAUUGCCCUGUGCAUUCCGGAUGCGGAUUGCCCCUCGUUACGUGGCCAAGAUCUAUAAAUUUUAUGUGUUGUGAAGGUUGCAGACCAAAAAUACAAAAUUUAGAAUGUCUGGACAAAAA